UCUCUUCACGGGAUGAAGCUCCUCCGGCGAUGGCUAUCAACUUGUUCCUCCGCCACCUCCAUCGCCGUAACAGAAACUUCUCCGGCUGGAGAUGAUGUUUUUUCCGGCAGCUGCCUCCACAGUGACUACUCUCUCCAAACUUUACCCUCUAUUCCCUCCCUCCAAAACUUAUCCGCCAUUGAAACUUCUCUCGACAUCUCCGUCAAUCGUCUUUCUCUCUCCUCCCUCAAACUCAUCCUACCUUUCCCAAUCGGAGCCCUUGCCGUUAACAACAACCUCCUCUACGCCGCCGCCGGCCAUCUUAUCAACGUUUAUAACCUAGAUAAUUACAACUUUACCCUCAUCGAUACCUUCAACCACAACAACCCUAACUCCGGUUCGAUUAAGUCUAUUGUUUUCCAGACUUCCAAAAUCUUCACUGCUCAUCAAGAUGGAAAGAUCAGAGUCUGGAAAAUGGUUAAAGAAAAGAAACAUAAUCUCUUGGCUACAUUACCAACCCUACAAGACCGACUCCUCCGUUCGAUAUUACCAAGAAACUACGUAACGAUUCGUCGUCACAAGAAGAAGCUAUGGAUAGAACAUCAUGAUGCAGUCUCCAGCCUCGCACAAGUCGAAGGAGGAGAUGAUAAUAUUGGUAAUCUAAUAAUCUCCACUUCUUGGGAUAAAAGUUUCAAGAUCUGGAAUCUAUCUUCAUCAGACGGCCAAUAUCGUUGUCUGCAGUCAAUCAUCGACGCUCACGACGACGCCUUGAACGCCGUUGCUGUUUCGCCGGACGGAACCUUCUUUACUGCUUCAGCCGACUGUCGGAUAAGAGUAUGGGGGAGGAUACCAGGAGAUAGAAAUAGAAAGUAUUCAUUGUUGGCUACUCUUGAGAAACAUAAGUCGGCUGUGAAUUGUCUAGCUUUAAACGACGACGGAUCGAUUCUUUUCUCCGGCGCUUGUGACCGUUCGAUCUUGGUUUGGGAACGAGAGGAUAGUGCAAAUUAUAUGGCGGUUAAGGGGGCGUUAAGGGGUCAUUCAAGGGCUAUACUUUGUUUGAUUAAUAUAUCUGAUUUACUGAUUAGUGGGUCGGCAGAUCGGACGGUGAGGAUUUGGCGGAGAGGAUAUGAUGAUGGACGUUAUUCUUGUCUUAUUGUUCUUGAUGGGCAUAUGAAACCUGUGAGGUCGGUGGCGGCGACGGUGGUGAAUGGUGGUGGAAGUGGUGGCGCCGCCGUUAGAGUGUUUAGUGGAAGCUUUGACGGAGAGAUCAAGGCACAUCAGAUAAGUAUGCUGAGGCCUACCGUAUGCAAAUCUGGUUUAGGAUUUGAUGGCAAUGACUCAGACAAGUCUUGUGAAAACUUAAACCCAGAAUCUGACAAGUUUAAGUCUAUAAACUUUGUCACAGGGAGCUUAACUGAGAAUAGAACUAAUCCAAGCUGUAAAACAGGAAAACAACUUGAAAGAGCCAAACGACAUCUGGACAGUCGGCUGCUCGGACAUAGCAUAUGA